AUGGCGCCGCCGCCACACAGCAAGCCUGAGAAUACUCUCAAGCGUGCCCAAGAACUCAUCGGAGUCGAGCAGCAGCAGGCUGCCCUCCAACUGCUGCACGAACAUGUGACCUCGAAGCGCACCCGCAACAGCCCCAUCGCCUCGCUCGAGCCGGUGAUGAUCUUGUUUGUCGAACUGUGUGUCGAUCUCCGCAAGGGCAAACUCGCAAAGGAUGGUCUGUACCAGUACAAGAACACGGCACAGAACACCAAUGUGGGCACCAUCGAGCUGGUCUUCAAGCGUUUCAUCGAACUUGCAGAGCAAAAGGUCACCGAGGCCCAGGCCAAGGCAGAUGAGGUCCAGUCCUCCCUCGAAGGCACUUCCUCGCAGAAUGUCGAUGAUCUCGAGGCCUCCGAGACCCCCGAGUCGAUCCUCCUCUCCACCGUCUCUGGAGAGCAGUCCCGCGACCGCACUGACCGCGCCAUUGUCACACCAUGGCUCAAGUUCCUGUGGGAGACCUACCGCACCGUCUUGGAUAUCUUCAAGAACAACGCUCGUCUCGAGUUGAUGUACCAGUCGACCGCCCACCAGGCCUUCCAAUUCUGCUCCAAAUACGCCCGCAAGACCGAGUUCCGCCGUCUCUGCGAGCUGCUCCGCAACCAUUUGCAGAAUGCCGCCAAAUUCUCCUCGCAGAUGCACGCCAUCAAUCUGUCUGACCCCGACACGCUGCAACGUCAUCUCGACACACGUUUCCAGCAGCUCAAUGUGGCUGUCGAGCUCGAGCUCUGGCAAGAGGCUUUCCGCAGUGUCGAGGACAUUCACACGCUUCUCAGCCUGAGCAAGCGGCCCGCCAAGAACGUCAUGAUGGCCAACUACUUUGAGAAGCUCACCCGUAUCUUCCUGGUCAGCGAGAACUACCUGUUCCACGCAGCCGCCUGGUCCCGAUACUACAAUCUUCUGCGCCAGUCUGCCGCUGCGGUAGCAUCUGGACAGAGCCCAAAGAAGGACAACCCUGCCGUGACCGAGGCUGAUAUGACCAAGGCUGCUUCUUUUGUCGUUCUCUCGGCCCUCGCCAUUCCCGUCAUCAGCACAUCCCGCUCACGAGGUGCCCUUGUCGAUGUUGACCAGGCCAGGAACAACAAGAAUUCUCGUCUGACCAACCUGCUCGGCAUGUCACAGGCUCCCACUCGAGCUAUCCUGUUCAAGGACGCUCUCAGCAAGGGUCUGCUCAAGCGUGUCCGUCCCGAGAUCCGUGACCUCUACAACAUCCUCGAGGUUGACUUCCACCCCCUCUCCAUUUGCAAGAAGAUUUCUCCUAUUCUUGCUCAGAUUGGAGCCGAUGAGGGCAUGCAGAAAUAUGUUGGACCCCUCCAGCAGGUCAUCCUCACCCGUCUGUUCCAGCAGCUGUCUCAGGUAUACGACUCUGUUGAGAUCAAGUUCGUUCUCGGCCUUGCUCAAUUCCCAGAGCCCUUCCACGUCAGCGCUGGCACCAUUGAGAAGUUCAUCAUGAACGGCUGCAAAAAGGGCGACCUCGCCAUUCGAACUGACCACGCUACUGGCGUUCUCACUUUCGACUCUGACGUCUUCUCAUCUGCCAAGGCCAUGCACCCUGGUUCUGGUGCUGGUUCAGCAGAGACGGAGUCGCGCUCUGUACAGCGUCUACAAAGCACACCAGCGGAAAUUGUCCGAUCUCAGCUUACUCGUCUCGCCAAAUCGCUCUUCGUCACAUGCCAAUAUGUCGAUCCAUCCUUCAACUCGGAGCGAAUCCGGGCCAAGGAGGCCGCACAAGCUAGGGCGAAGGAAGGCUUCGAACAAGAGCACAAGGAGAUCCUCAGCCGUCGGGAAAUCAUCUCACAGAAGAAGGAGGCUGCGCUGAAGGCCCAGCAAGCCAAGGAGAAUGAAGAGCAAACAAAGAGGAUGAUUCGUCAGCAGCAAAUCAAGGAAGAGGAAUCCCGCCGUCUGGCUGAGGAGCAGAAGAACCGUGCCGAGCAGCGCAUCAAGGCCGAGCAACAGCGCAUCCAGCGUGAGGAGAUUGAGAAGCAAAUCAAGGAGCUCAAGGCAACCACCAAGGUUGACAUUGAGAUUCCCGAUGACCUUACCGACCUGGACUCGCAGAGGAUCCGCAUUCUUAAGCUCCAGGCGCUCGAGAAGGAGAAGAGCCAGCUUGGCGAACAGCUCCGUAUCGCGGGUAAGAGGAUUGAUCAUUUGGAGCGAGCCUACCGCAAAGAAGAGGUCAAGUACCUCAAGGCGGACUACGAGAAGCAAAUGGAGGCCGACAAGGCUGCAUAUGAGAAGGCCAAGGCUGAGGAACUCAAGGAAGCAGAACAAAAGCACAAGGAAGAUGUUGCGCUCAAGCACCGUCUGUCAAGGCUGGUGGCGCCUUACCAGCAGUUUGUCACUACUGUGAAGCAGCAGCGCAAGGCCGAGUUUGAGAAGCGCCAGAAGAUUGCACAGAAGGAGCUUGAGAGCAAGAAGGCGGCGCGCGUCAAGGAGUACAAGGAGCGUUUCCUCCGAGAGAAGCGCGAACGCGAGGAGGCUGAGCGUCGUGCGCGGGAAGAGGAGGAGCGCGAGAGGCAAGAAGCCGAGGCCAAGGCCAAGGCUGAAGAGGAGAGGAUAGCCAGGCUGCGUGAGGAGAAGGCCAAGAGGGAUGAAGAGCGAAAGGCCCUCGACGAGAAAGCUCGCAUCCAGCGUGAGAAGGAGGAGGCUGCUGAAGCAAGGAUUGCCGCACAGAGAGCUGGUCUUGGUGGCAGCCGUAUUCCAGACCGUACUGCCGCACGUGAGCCGACCAAAGAACCUGCUGCUGGUCCACCACGUCUUGCUCUCGCUGGCAGUAAGCCCACAUGGCGCGAACGCGAGGCCAUGAAGGCUGCUGGCCAGACCGUGCCUGCUGAGAGCACAUCGCCUGCUCCUGCUGCUCCUGCGGCAGCGGAGGCCGAAGCACCCAAGCGAAGCGUUUACGCCCCCCCCGCUCUGCGUCAAGCUGGCGGUGCCGCCCCUGGAGGAGGAUGGCGUGAGCGUGAGUCUAGCGGUAGUGGUCGCGCCCCUCCUGCACGCGCCGAGCGCCCUGAACGAACCGAGUCUCCCGCCACUGGGGGUCGUUUUGAGGCUCGUGCCGGUGGCAGCGGCCGAUGGGGAGAUGCGGGGGAGAGGAAAGAAUCUCCGGCGAAUGCUGGCAGCUACGCUCCUCCUGCCCGCCGUGGUGAUGCUCCUCCUGCCCGCGAGGCUGAUGGAGAGCGUGAGUCUAGGCCUCCUACGCAGGCACCUGCUCCAGGCAAGUAUGUACCUCGCUUCCGACGUGGCGAGUAA